GGCGAAGGCCCCCGUGCUGCGGGCGGCGCUGACGUGUCGGUGGGAGCGGCGGCGGCCCCGGCGGCACCAUGUCCAAGGUCACCUUUAAAGUGACGCUCACCUCGGACCCCCGGCUGCCUUACAAAGUGUUAAGCGUGCCUGAGAGCACACCUUUCACAGCUGUCCUCAAGUUUGCUGCAGAAGAAUUCAAAGUUCCUGCAGCAACAAGUGCCAUUAUAACAAAUGAUGGUAUAGGAAUAAACCCUGCACAGACAGCAGGAAAUGUGUUUCUAAAGCAUGGUUCAGAUCUACGGCUCAUUCCCAGAGAUCGUGUUGGGAGCUCAUAACAUCUCCUGAAAGCUGGGGAAUAGGUGACAUUGCUGUGCAGCAGAGGUCUAUUUAUUUUGGAACUCAAAAAUGCAACUGAUGAAUUGGACUUUUUUAAAGCAAGCAGAAAUUACUUCCCAGGAUUUGAUUUUUUUCUUUGUAAACGGAGAUAAGGGUUCAUUUUCCUCUUAAAACACAGUAACUCAUGCACUGAUUCUUCCCUGACUAGUAGGACAGGCUGGCUGUAUGUUAUGUUGCUGUAAGAAAGACUUCUCUACAGAUGUUAUUGACACCACAAGAGUAAACACAGCCACCAUCAAUAGAUACUUAAAAUACUGCAUAUUGUUGAGCCUACUUCAUGAAAGGGAAAACUGUGUUAUGAUGUUGCUACAAAGAAAUUAUUCCUACUGUGUGCUGAAAGUUGGGGUUUUUCCUGUAUUUUUUUUCCUAAAGUUAUUUCCAAGUGUAGGGGAACAGCUUUCACCUGGCUCAAUUAUUGAUCUCAAGUAGAGGGAAAAUUUCAGGAGUUUAUUACUCAAAUAAAUAAACAGCUGCCAAAUGUUCCAAAGUAAUUCUAAGAUUUAAUUGCUGCAAGUAUUUGAGAUCAAGGAGAAUACAGAGAUUUUUGUGCUUUAAGACUUCAUUUUGACAUGCUGUGAAGUUAAAUUAAACUCAGUUUCAGAGAAUUUGUGAGACCUAGUCUACUCAUGUGAAGUGCCAUCAGCUGGGAAGGAUUGAAGUGUAAUUGGGAAUGUGUAGACUGGUCAAAUAUGUCAUUCCUUUUUCAGUAAACUAAUGCUGGUUCUUUCCAGAAGUCUUGGUUUUGUUGCUGCCUGUUACAUGGAGAACAGCAUAGAAUUCACUGAAAUAUUUUUGUUCAGAUUAGAAAUUGCCUUGUGUACACUAUCAGUUAUGUAUUUUAAGUAGAGAAGUCUCUGCUUUUCAUAAAGUGGUUGUCUAUGCUGUGAUUUAAUGUAUUUGGCAAAAUUUUACCAUAUUGCAUUUUUUUUUUCUGUUCUGCUGAGUUGAACAGAAAGAACAAUGGAUAUUACAGUGCUUGGUUAAAUGAGUAUUCUCACAAAUACAACUGUCCUGUGCAAUCAUUGUGCUUUAGAGAGGUGUUCAGAUAAUGUGUCAGAUAAUGCAGAAGUACAGAAUGCCCUUCUGAGUGGGUGUCAGCUGAGGAAAUAAAGAAAAACUCCCCAGAAAUCAAUAUUUGCCUAUAAACGGCUUCCAAAUUUAAGAUAAACUGUAAAAUUCUGUAUUUUUCUUUUCUUUAAUAAACAAUUAAAUGAAAAA